AUGCUUUCAGCUUCUUCCUCCCGUCGCUACGACGGCAACUCUUGGAUUCCCGAGCGAGAUCGUAGAACGGAAGGCUGGUUUCUGGUAGAAAGCCCAGCGGGCAUGCUGAUCAUCAGCGCGGCCUACUUGUCCUUCGUAACUGUCGCGGGGCCCUGGUGCAUGGCGCGGCGCAAGCCGCUUGCUCUCAAGCAUUUUCUGCUGGCAUACGACAUGGCUGCGGCUAUGCUCAGUGCGUUCUUUGGGUGCCAGUUCAUGAAGUUGGCGUACUGGGACUGCGGAUAUCACAUCCUUCAAGAUGUGGACCUAAGUCAGCGCCGUUGCAGCCUCGAGAUCCUGCGCUUGUCGUGGUGGUUCCUUGUGUUCAGGGUGUUCGAGAUGUGCGACACCGUGCUCUUUGUGCUCAGGAAGAAGGCUGACCAGGUGAGUGGUUUGCACGUAUUUCACCACCUGAUCAUCCCUUGGGACAUGUGGCUCAACAUGAACUACGCUCUUCAACCAAUAUCCAUGUUUGCCACUUGCCUCAACUGCUUCGUUCAUGUCGUAAUGUACACAUACUACUUUUUGGCCGCUCUUGGGGCGCGCUAUCGGAAGUAUCUUUGGUGGAAGAAGCACUUCACGACACUGCAGAUGGUCCAGUUCAUCGCGGACAUUGCGUUCUGCCUGUGCAUGCUGUGUUCUAAGGGUGACUACGCGAAAUUAUUUGUCACUAUGGGUACUGUUCAGUGUAUAAUCUUUUUCGCCUGGUUCUUGUCGUUUUAUAUAAAGGCGUACAAAAAAUAUUUCGCUUGCCGUCUUUAA